GCAUAGGUCUCCGUAAGUCUUCUAUCAAGUAAAGAAUUAAAGUAGCAACAAAUACUCUUCCCUACACUUGGCAGAAAAAAAAUGGUUCAACAAGAAAUCCGAAGGGGUCCCUGGACAGAACAGGAGGACUACAAAUUAGUGUAUUUUGUUAACAUGUUUGGAGAUCGUAGAUGGGACUUUAUAGCAAAGGUAUCAGGUUUGAAGGUGGAGGGAGACUGUUUGAAUAGAACAGGUAAGAGUUGCAGGUUACGGUGGGUUAAUUACCUCCACCCCGAUCUCAAACGAGGGAAGCUCACACCCCAAGAAGAACACCUCGUCAUGGACCUUCAUUCCAAAUGGGGAAAUAGAUGGUCAAGAAUUGCUCGCAGGCUACCAGGGCGAACUGACAAUGAGAUUAAGAAUUAUUGGAGGACUCACAUGAGGAAAAAGAAGGCUCAAGAGAAAAAGCAUGCAUCAGCAGCAUCGCCUGUUUCUUCUAGUUGUCAAUCUUCACUGUCCUCAAACAACCAUGUUGUGGAUUCACAUGCUUCCAAAGAGGUUGGAGAAGAGAGUUGUUAUGACACAGGUGGAUAUGAUGAUGGCAUGAUGAUGGGUUUAAUUGGUGGUGAAAAGGGGUACUCCAUGGAUGAUAUAUGGAAAGAUAUUAUGUCAGAAGAAGAGAACAACAUUUAUAAUAAUAAUCUUCAACCUGUCUAUGAAGGGCAUAGUGAAGAGGGAUGCAACUUCUCUUGUCCACCACCACCAAUGAUUAUGCCUUCUCCACCAUCAUGGGAUCAGUACAACAUUUCUUCUCAACCCUUAUGGGUGAUGGAUGAAGAAGAAAGUAAUAAGAUGUUAUUCCCUACACUAAGUGACCAAUAUUUUCCUUACUAUGAACAAGGGAACGCAUUUCUAACUGGCUAAUCAGGAGAUUCUUUUUUUCUUUUGUCCUUAAAAAAUUAUCAAUAUUUUGUUCUUAUGUGUGUGCCAUCUGUCACAAUAAGAAGGCUUAAGUGUUAACCUGUACAGCAUAGUAUCUUUGAGCUUUCGGCAUGGUCCUCCAUAGUGUGACACAGCUGUAAUCGAUCUCAAAUGUAACUGUAGUCUAUGUCAAAAUGUGUUUGUGGUUUUACUUUAAAGAAACAUCCAAUAGGGAAAGUGGUUAUGUUCUGAAUUAUGUAAAAUAUACAUCAAGCACUUAUGCAAAUUCAAGUUUUAAUCUAAUUUGAAUGGAUGCCUAUCAA